GAUGUCAGCGUUGAAUUCCAGGAAGCGGAAGAAACAUCUUUUAUCAGUCUUCGCAAACUGUACAAUUUUCAUUUGAAAUAUUUUUUCCAAUAUCUUCUGUACUAUAAGAAUUAUACAGGCACGAACAAAGUGGAUAGCUCUGAUAUAAAUGGUGGUUUCUCCCUUGAGGUCGAAAAGUAGCGAUAUGGAAUUUGGGAUCGUUAUUCUGCACUAAUACUGCAUUAUUAUUGCAUUAAUAUUUUCACAUUCUUUCAUAAAGAAUCAACGCCUGACAAAUCGCUAUGUUCACUUGUUAGUCGAGGAUGCAUGAUCAUCAACAUGGCGUUCAUAGUAACGUCAUGGUAGUACAUAUAUAUGUACUUUGUAUAAAAAGUGGGAGAAAAUUAAUUUCACGCGAUGUAAAAAAUGGCCUCUAAUCUUUAACGGAUAAGCCAUUUUCCUGGUCGUUCUGUGCUGCGACUGUGCAUGUUUCCAACAAUAUUUUGCAAAGUGCGCGUUACACUCCACUGUAAAUACGACCACUCGGUAAUAUUUCUCCGAUUCGAAGAAUAAACAUGAUACCAAGAAAAUGACACUAACAACUAACAUUACAAUCACAGUUGCGCUAUGCCGCAAAUGUGGAAAGUCAGUUGGUAUGAUUGGUCAUCAUUACCAAUAUGAUAUUGAUUAUGGAUAUGAUAUGGAUUGAUAUGGAUCAGUAUCAAUUUGACAUUUGACAAGUGGACGUGUAGUGACGUGUACUUUAAUGUUUUAAUUUUUCAUUCUUUGAAUUGCGUAUUUCAAUGAUUUCAGUUCAUAUUUUUUAGCAAAAAUUGUUAAUUGUGAACAUUUAUUCGCGUAUAUACUGAAAUUUCUAGUAUUCUGGAUAUAAUUUCAAUAGCGCAUGUCAUUACAAUAGUUAACCUCUACGGGCAUUGUUUAUUCUGGAUUGGAUAAACUAUAAAUUAAUUAUUACUAUUUAUUAUUAAUUAAGAUAAAUAUAUCUUGUAAACUAAUCGUAGGGUGUUUCUAAACUCGAAACUGAAACUUACUACAAAAAAGAAAACGUAUAAUUUGACGGUUUUCAAAACGAAUAUCCGAAUGGCAACCGAAAUUGCAGUGAAAGCCCUUGAUCCUCUGAAAUAUCUGAAUGCGCUAUCAAAGGCAGAAAGACUGGACCCAUACAAGUUCUACAACAACAAGGACAUUUCUUUUCAAUGCUUUCGAUGCUUAUUGACAGGAGAAAACGCCAAUUCCUCCCGGGAUAUGUUCCAAAGUGCAGCAACAACUAUUAGCAUUGUCAUAUCAUACUACCACCAAUUGAAGAUGGACUAAAGAACAUUUAUCAUGGACUAAAUGCUGAUAAACGUAUCGAAGCUCAGUGCUGUCUAUCUGGACUGGAAUUUAUCAUGAGUGAUCUUGCAAAUGAUAUAGGAGAUAAGAAACAGCAGUUACUCGAUUUAAUGCAUUCUGAUACAGUGGAAGAUAUAAAGGAGUUUAUUGAAAACACUGCUGAUUCGUCUACCUAUGGAAAUGUAGAAGUACCAGAUCUUGCAAAUGUUCCAAAAACUCAUACUUGGUGGAAAGAUGAAUUUCAAUCUUAAUAAUUGUACAUGGUCAGCUGCUGUUUAAGUGAUAUAAGUGUUAUAUAUGCCAAAUGUAUAUAAACUUAUGCAUGUAACAAAUGUAUAUAUCUUAUGCAUUUAUGACAUGUGGUAAUAUGGAAAACAUAUACAAAUCUGUAUGGAAUAUACUUCAUAAACUAAUAUAAUACUGUUAAUAUCUCACUUUCUACAUACAAGGUGGAUACAUUUAGCAUAUAUUUUUCAUAUGCCCUAAAUGCAUAAAAUCCACAGUUCAGCUAUAAGAGAGAGAAAGAAUCAUUGGUGAUCUGGAUACAUGGAUCAUAUCAUUCCAAUUCUCAUUGAAUCUAAAUGGCUAAAUACAACACAAAAGUGGUUUUAACAUUUAUAUUGUCUCAUGCAUUAAAUCCUCUACUUCAACAUCCCAUUCCCAUAGAGAUCAGGGGAUCAAUUCUGUAACUUUUCUCGUGGUGAACAUACGAGCAAACUCACAACUCUUGAUUCUGUAACUUUCAUCGUAGUGAAAAUUUGAGCCAUCUCACGGGUUUGAUCGACAAGAAAUUUCUUGUCGAAUGGUGAAAUAAGAGAGAAAGACAUUAAGAAAUAGAGCGAGAGCAAUAUGUCGCGGGAAUACCUAAUUCCAUGGAUCAAACCGAGGAAGCUGGAGUGGGAACAGAGAGCACGCCAAUUCCAAAGUUAUAUGUUCUUUCUAUUUGGAGGUAUACAAUACCAGUCAUACAAGAAAAAUGAAUAUCAUGUAUUAGACACGGACAUUUAUUUCGCUUUAUAUGUACUCCCAAACAACAUAAGUACAUGGGGAAGCAAUGGUAACAAAGCAGAUAAUGUCGCCAAUAAGAUCGGAAAGACGAUAGUACACGUUUAUAAAAGAUACUCGCGUGCUUCGACGCUACGGAUCGGUUUUAUUUUUCUUUAUUGCAAGGGUACUUAUAAAGAAUUUCAUCUAACAAUAUUUCGUGUAUAUACAAGCGAUAAGGACGACGAGUGUUUCUACGUUGAUACGCAUUGCCGUAUAUACGAUUCGUGGCUUAGUUGGAAGAAUGACAACAAACUUCCAAUGUUGAAAUAUUGUUACCCGUUGAAUGGCUUUUACACUUGUUCCAACGAUCAUGAAGACAUAUCCGACAGAAAACGCGAACCAAUCUUGGAGUUCGGUUCAUCGCCAGCGUGUAAAUUGGUCGCGCGUUUAGGAAGGAUGUUAGAUGUUGGUAGCGAAAUUGCUAGAUAUAAUAAUAUGUUUUUUGGGUUGACAUCUUUGUUUAUUUUCCUCGAUUCUAUCAAAACCAUGUUCGCCGGAGUAGUUGGCGUUGCGGGUGCAGUAUAUGGAGCAGCGAGGAGCGUUCAAUGUUUGGUAGACAAAAAGAGACACGAAACGAGUCUGCUUGACGCGGAAUCCCUGAUGCACGGAUUAAACAUUCUAAUGAUACUUCCUCACGUGAUAAUGGCCGUAGUAAAUACCCCUUUAUCCCUUCGAUACCUGAGCCAGGCCAUUUCUCCGCGGGAUAUUUUAACAACUGGCGCACAAAAAAUACUAUCUCUUACGUUCACUCAACGACUUGGUUUAAUUGUUUUAACUCUCGUUUUGCACCAACAAAUAUCAGAAUAUUUAAACACGACACAUUCAAAUGCAAACAAACACAUUGAUAAAAUAAAAACAUUCAAUUUGAGAGCCUUAUAAACUUUGAAAGGCAAUCUAUGCCUAAUACGAUCGUUGCGAAAACUUGUAAAAACAAAGAAAA